GCUGACCGUGAAGAAUUUGCGCUUUCCGGCAACGGGCCACAUUGCUUCGUGUAUGUGUAUAUAAAUACAAGAAGAUUAGUGCAAAAUUGUUGUUGUUAGUUAUAGUUUUUCGGCCGUUGUGUGCUAGCAAAUGCAUUUUAUGCUUGGCCAACGCACAUAGGCACUUCAUGUUAACGCUAAGCAGGCGGUCGUGGAUCGAAUUGGGCAGGAAAGCGGUGCGUAACAACGGUCGUCAGGAACUUGGAUUGGCUAAGGUUUAAUGGAUGACACAUCAGCAGCAGCGGCACCAUGGGAAAGCUACUAUCAAAAAUUUUCGGCAACAAAGAAAUGCGAAUUCUUAUGCUUGGACUGGAUGCAGCUGGAAAAACAACGAUCCUGUACAAACUGAAACUGGGCCAAUCGGUUACAACGAUACCCACGGUGGGCUUCAAUGUGGAAACCGUCACGUACAAGAAUGUCAAGUUCAACGUAUGGGAUGUGGGCGGACAGGAUAAGAUUCGGCCGCUCUGGCGACACUACUACACGGGCACACAGGGUCUCAUAUUCGUGGUGGACUGUGCGGACCGCGAUCGGAUAGACGAGGCACGCACGGAGCUGCAUAGGAUAAUUAACGAUAGGGAGAUGCGCGACGCCAUCAUACUGAUAUUUGCUAACAAACAGGAUCUGCCUGAUGCAAUGAAACCCCAUGAAAUCCAGGAAAAACUAGGCUUAACUAGAAUAAGAGAUCGCAAUUGGUAUGUACAACCAUCGUGUGCCACAUCCGGCGAUGGCCUGUCCGAGGGCCUCAUUUGGUUAACGUCGAACCAUAAGUUAUGAGAAUCGUAAUUGAGCAUUUUCUUAUAUAUAUAUAUAUAUAUGUAUGUGUAUAUAUAUAUGUAUAUGUAUAUGGCAUGUAUUAUUAUUCGAAGCGAAGCAAAAGCAAAAAAUAUUCUAUUUUAUUUAUACAAUGAAAACGAAAAGCAACCGCAAGCGCAUAGUAAAAGCCCAAUUCGUAGCUACGAAACGUUGUAAACUGGUAUAUAGAAGUCAGACCUAUAUAUGUAUAUAUAUAUAAAUAUAUAUAUAUAUAUAUUUGUAUAUGUAUACUCUCAAUCUAACCAACCCAAUAUUCUCACUAGUAAUGAAAUACAAAAUAAACGAAACGAAGAAGCAUCAAAACCAUAUUUAGCAGCCGGUAAAAAUAAUAAUAUUCGUAAAGUAAAUUACAGCAGCACAGAGACACACACAUACAGAGAACAUCAACGGAGAUUUAGCUAUAAGUAAGUUUUUCUUGUAAAUUAUAUAUUGAUGAGAGACACGUAAGCAAUAAGUUGAAAGCUUGUUUAUUGCAACUGUUACUAUAUAUUUGACUUGAGCGAGGGUAGCGAGUCUUAAAUAAAUUGUAAAUAAAUAUUCAAAUUAAAGCCCGUAUACAACAAAAAAUAACAAACAACAACAAACGAAAUAAAAACAAAACACCGAACAAAACAAUUGAACAAAAACCCUAUAGAUUGCUAUUUAGAUUAAAAACUACCGAGUCUUCAAAAAUAUAACGAUAUAGUAACUGUGCCUUCCCCAA